AUGCCAUCCAGAGGAAACCCAAACGUGCCCAACAAACAGCGGCGCAUCGCAAGCAGAUCCAAGACCCAAUCCAAAAAUGCCAGCAGCAAAAUCACCAAGAAUCCGCGAGGAACCGCAAGAAGCACCGUUUUACACCCAACCAGUGGCCCGCUAGCUCCAGUAUCAGGAAAGAAGGCAAGAAAGUUAGAAAAAGCACAGAACAAUGCGAGAAGAAGGGCAAUUGAACGGGCAAUGGAGCAGGAGGGUGAAGUCGAGAUGACUGAUGCGCCAAAAACUACGACAUCGAAGAAAGUAAAGCCAGACGGGGAGAAGAUGGAUGUCGACGAGGUCUCAUAA